GAGAGGUAUAGACAGCGAGAAGGAGAGACAGAAAGGUCUUCCAUCCAGGAAAAUUCUUGAUGAUGAUGAUGAUGGUGGUGGUGGUGGUGAUGAUGAUGGUGGUGGUGGUGGUGGUGGUCCGGCUUUGCGACCUGCUGCUCCUGAGCUUCCCUGCUGCUGCUUCCUCCUGGAGUGACUCAUUAGCAGGAAGCAAGGCGCCACCCUGCUUCCCCUGAACUUUGGAAUUGGGUUUGUCCACAGAGGAGCCACGCUUGCAUUUAGGGUUGAGUGUCCAGGUUUGGAGUACAUUUUUUGCCUGUUAUAGGUGCUCAGUGAAUGCUUGAGGAAGGAACAGAAGCGUAAAUGACUUUACAUUGACGUUGUUCAUCAUAAAAAGAAAUGCGUAAUCUUUAUGAAGCUUGACUUGUUUUUCAAGUUGAACUUCUAAAGCAUUGUUGGAGAUGUUUUUAUUAUCUGCAAUUUUUCUUACAUUUUUAUCAAUUUGCAGGGUCAAUGAAUACUUUUGUUUUUCCAAAGGGUUUACCUUCUUUUUGUCCCCCCCCCCUUUUUUUUUAAAAAUAUUUAUUUGAAAGGCAAGAGUUAGAGGGAGAGGCAGAGAGAGGGAGAGAGAAUAUCGAUCUUCCAUUCACUGGUUCACUCCCCACAUGGCUGCAACAGCAAUAGCCGUUUGGGCCAGGACAAAGCCAGGAGGCUGAAACUCCAUUUGGGUCUCCACAUGGGUGCGGGGGCCCAAGUACUUGGACCAUCCUCCACUGCUUUCCCAGGCUGUUAGCAGAAGUGGAGCAGCCGGGUCUCAAACCAGUGCCCAUAUGGAUUGCUGGUGCUGCAGCGCCGGCCCCCAAACGGUUUACUUUCAAAACCUCACCUACUGUGUUGUUCAGCCUUGCGAGAUGAGUCAGACUGAGUAGGUACAUGUGAAGAUUUUUUUGGCAGUUUGUUGUGGAAACCUCUGAUCACCUUGCCCUCCUUUCUGCUUGUUCUGUGUUGGCAAGGGAGAGUGGCCAAAUGAGCAAGAUUUCGCAGCAGAACAGUGCUCCGGGAGUGAACGGAAUAAGUGUUAUCCACACACAGGCACAUGCCAGCGGUGUGCAGCAGGUUCCUCAGCUGGUGCCUGCUGGCCCUGGGGGAGGAGGCAAGGCUGUGCCUCCCAGCAAGCAGAGCAAAAAGAGCUCACCCAUGGAUCGAAAUAGUGACGAGUAUCGUCAGCGCAGAGAGAGGAAUAACAUGGCUGUGAAAAAGAGCCGCUUGAAAAGCAAGCAGAAGGCACAAGACACACUGCAACGAGUGAAUCAGCUCAAAGAGGAGAAUGAACGAUUGGAAGCAAAAAUUAAAUUGCUGACUAAGGAAUUAAGUGUACUCAAAGAUUUGUUCCUUGAGCAUGCGCACAACCUUGCAGACAACGUGCAGCCCAUUAGCACUGAAAGCACAACAACGAAUUCUGACAACGCAGGACAGUAGAGCCCGUCCUUUCCAGACCUCACAGCUGUGGCUGAAUGUCAGAGUGUGACUGCCUGCACCACUCAUGUCAGUGGCUGAACGUUGUCUUGUUCCAUUCGUCAGAGAUCCAUUGGAGCUUAUUUUCUUGAAUCGGCACUGAAGAGUUGAUUAGCAAAAAAACAAAACAGAAAAAAAAAAGGUAGCCAUGUAAUUAGAAUAUCUAGUUUUAAAUGAUAUGAAUUUUUGUGGGGAUUAAAAGCCAAACAUUUGUAAGGUAUAUGGUAAAAAAAAAAAAAAAAAAACAAAACUUGAACCUUGAUGUUGUUAAUAAAUCCUGACUUCCUAGGAAAUGCUUCUUUUUUAGGUUGACAGAAGGAAUGGGACGCUGGCAGGUCACGCAGAAGGGUCUUGGUUUUCAUGGAAAUGGUGAAUUGGAUGAAGAAAAGUUGAAUGCCAUCCGUGUUAAUCUGUGAUUUUAUUCCUAGUUGUGUAUUAGAAAUCUGCAGUUCCAGAAACCAAUCACUGUGUAAUUUGGAUCAAUUUUAGGAAUCACAUAAAUCUUGUUUUAGCAUAAUUAGUAGUGUUUUCCCCAGUAAGCACAAGUGUUUGAAUAGUGAUGACAGGUUAAGUAAAGAAACCUGUCACAUCUUAAAGGCAAUAUGCAACUAAUUGGUUUCUAAGUACAAGUAACAUUUAGGAAGCAAAUUGAUUUGAGAAAAAGUAAAAUUUAAACAUGUUAGAAUUGCGCUUUUGGAAUACUUUUGGAUUAUUGGAUUGGCAUUAUUUUGCGUCCUUAAAGAACCAGGUGGCUUUAGAGAAGUUUGUGUUAUCAAAAUGUUAGUUUCCACAGAUGCUAGUAAAAGUAAGCAUUUUGGAGGAGGGGAUUUUGACAGCCAAGUUAGUAAACACGAUGCCCAGCAGGUGACGCACACUGCUGAUUACAGUUUGGAAUAAUCCACAGGUGGUUUGUCCCGCGUGCAAACCAGCUGCCACAACCGCGAUCUCUAAAGUUGAAAUUGCUUGUGAAGGGUUGUUUUGGUAUUUGAUCUUAACUAAGUGAUGAUGAGAAAAAUACAUCAACUCCAUGCCACUUCCCAAAAUUGUAGUCUAAGAAAACUUGAAAAUGUAAUGUUUUGACCUUUAAUUUAUUUCACAUAAAUACAUCUUUUUAUAUUAUUUUUGUGACAUUUCUUUCUCUAAUUAGUGGGCUGCUUUUCUAGACUUUAUGUAUCACUGCUCUGGUUUAUUCAUUGGUAUGCUUUCAUGUCUCAUAAGUUAUUUUAGAAAGAAAAUGCCGAUAAAACUCAGGAUAUUCACAUUUUUGUUGACUAAAAAAUGGCAAUCAGUAAAGUAGGGCAUUUCUAGAAUCUGACAUAUCAUUGUUGCUUGUUUAGAUCGUCUUUGUUAAUGUUCUGUUUCUUUUUCUUUCUUUUUUUAGCACAAUUCUAGUUAGAAUUUGUUGGCUUUUGCAUAGUUCUUUGUGCCUAGCUGAUGAUGAGAGACAUGUGUCAUAUCUGAUCUUAAAAAGUUUAUGUUGCCAGGUAUCUCCUUUGAACACGGUCGCUUCUGGCCACACUGCUGUUUCCUAGUAGGACUUGGGAUAGUGUGACCAGAACUGAACCCAGGUUGCACCCCUGGUUGGCGGAAGGGUGCUGACCUCUGCUGUUUCCUGGGCAGGAGAAGACACCAUAGCGCCCUGACGCUUAGGGCAGAAGCACGAGGCCCUUCUGCACAGACAGGAGCCCACUGUCCUGUGACUACCGUCCAGGAAGGCUGUUCAUUCCCUACGGAGCCAGAAAACAGAAUGGGGGUUCUUGUUAGGGUCCAACACCUUUACUUUGGAAUUUUAACCUCGUAGAAAGGUUGAUGUGAAAAACUAAGACAUAUGGAGUCCUUCUGAAUCUUUAGCUGAUUGAUGUUUAUAAUGAACUUAAUUGGAGAUGCAGUUGGGGCACUUGAAUCUUUAAGCACCUCUAACAGGUAUUUUAAUUCUUUAUUUACUUAAAAAAAAAACAAAAAACAAAAAACAAAAACCUUUCAGAAAUUGAUGUCCCCAUGGAGUUUGGUCACCAGUUACACGGAUUAGCUGUCCUGAAGAAAGAAGCUUCGGGAAAAGGCUAUUCAAGCUUUCCUGUCAACUGCAGAUCCAAACUAUAGCAUAAGCAAACAGUGACGACCAUGCCUGGGACAGACAUGCUAACCACUGUCUUCAGUGUCUUACCUAAGUGGUCGAGAGCAAAUGUUUUCUGUUGAUGGUUUAAAUGCAAGGAAACCAAGUAUGGGGAGUGAGUGUAGAGCUCUGGAACUGUAAAGUGACUUUUGUAACUUUUAUUCUGUGUGUUCCCUACGAACCAUUAAAGAUUUGAUCUGCCUCGUGGACGGAUCUGGUGAUUUAGAAACUAGGCUUUGGUAUGGAUUUGUGGCUGCCUCUGAGUCUGCGAGGAUGGGUGCUUUCUGACUGGCGUUGGCUGCAGAGGGUGGGAUCCGGGCAGCCCCUCUUGCUGCCUGGCCUCUCACUCACUGGGACGCCAGCUCAGAUACUUUGGACAUUCUUACUGAGAAGUACUAAGACUUUAAUAAACUAGGACCAGGAAUUCAGGUCAUGAGUGUGAAAUUCUGCAGCUUACAUAAAAAUGUAGAAGUAUGUGUAAAUUUAACACUUAAUAUUAAAAAGAAGGAAAUUGUAGCAGCUUUUGAUGUUUCUUAAUCCCCAUUAGAGGGCUUGAAACUCGGAAUCUGGAAAGCCCACCUAGCACUCAGUGCUUUUUGUUGCCUUAGACGUAGGAGGAAAACUGUGGCGAAAGCCAGGAGGGAGAAGCCGUUCUGCAGCAGUGAGAUCUGCCUCUCAGGAAGAAGUCACUAACUUGUUCUUUCUGUUCCUGGCUUUCCUCAGUUUGUGAGAUUACUCUAUUUUUUUAAAAUAUAAUUUUAUUUCUUUCAAUGAAUUUAAAAUAAAAAACAACUUUGGAAGGACGACUGCAUUUCAUUGUGGGUUUCUUUUUAUUGGAUACCAGAAAGGCACAGUGAGACCAGCCUGGGGGAGGGGUGCGGCGGGGCGGGCAGUGAGGGGAGGAGCUGAGCUGCUCCUGUCGCAGUCUGGAUUUUCUGUAGUAGGCAGGGGAAUGGUUUUCUUUGACUUGAAUGCAUCUUUAGUUGUAUUUUUAGACACUGGGUCUAACCUAAAACUGUAUCCUAGCGAGUAAUAAAACGAUUUCCUGUUUGAUCA